AUGGUCGGAAUUGGUCCCAAGCAGCCUCCGUCCCGCAAGGGCUCCCGGCACGAGUUGCCGCAGAAUCUUUUGGGUCCCAUCAAGGACUUCGAAGAUCAAUUCACCGUGGACCGUGCCAAGCUGAAGCAGAUCGUGGCUCAUUUUGUGAAGGAGCUCGAAAAGGGUCUGACUGUCGAGGGCGGUAAUAUCCCGAUGAACGUGACCUGGGUGAUGGGAUUCCCCGAUGGUAACGAGCAGGGCACUUUCCUUGCCCUCGACAUGGGCGGAACCAACCUGCGUGUGUGUGAGAUCACCUUGACUGAGGAGAAGGGCGCCUUCGACAUCACCCAAUCUAAAUACAAGAUGCCCGAGGAGCUGAAGACGGGUACCGCUGAAGAGCUGUGGGAAUAUAUCGCCGACUGCCUGCAGCAGUUCAUCGAAUUCCACCACGAGAAUGAGGACCUGCGCAAGUUGCCUCUUGGUUUCACCUUCUCCUACCCAGCCACUCAAGAUUACAUCGAUCACGGUGUCUUGCAGCGCUGGACCAAGGGCUUCGAUAUCGAUGGCGUGGAAGGCCAGGACGUUGUUCCUCCUCUCGAGACCAUCCUCAAGAAGCGGGGUCUCCCCAUCAAGGUUGCUGCCUUGAUCAACGAUACCACCGGUACCCUCAUCGCUUCCUCCUACACUGACACGGAAAUGAAGAUCGGCUGUAUCUUCGGCACUGGUGUGAACGCUGCCUAUAUGGAAAAUGCUGGCUCCGUGCCCAAGAUUGCCCAUAUGAACCUGCCUCCAGACACUCCGAUUGCCAUCAACUGCGAGUACGGUGCGUUCGACAAUGAGCGCGUCGUUCUCCCACUCACCAAGUACGACGAAAUUAUUGACCGGGACUCCCCUCGUCCCGGCCAGCAAGCCUUUGAGAAGAUGACUGCCGGUCUCUACUUGGGCGAGAUUUUCCGUCUGGCCCUUCUUGAUCUGGUUGACAACAAGCCCGGUCUGAUCUUCAACGGACAAGAUGUCUCUAAGCUCCGCAAGCCUUAUCUGCUCGAUGCGUCCUUCCUCGCCGCCAUCGAGGAGGACCCUUACGAGAACUUGUCCGAGACGCUGGACCUCUUUGAGCGUGUGCUCAACAUCCUGCCCACACAACCCGAGCUGGAGAUGAUCCGUCGUCUGGCGGAAUUGAUUGGCACUCGUGCUGCCCGCUUGUCUGCCUGCGGUGUGGCUGCCAUUUGCACCAAGAAGAACAUCCAGUCCUGCCACGUUGGUGCCGACGGCUCCGUGUUUACCAAGUACCCCCACUUCAAGGCCCGCGGUGCCUUGGCCCUUCGGGAGAUCCUCGACUGGGCUCCCAGCGAGAAGGACAAGGUGGAGAUCUUGGCUGCUGAGGAUGGUUCCGGUGUGGGUGCGGCCCUGAUUGCUGCUCUGACUCUGAAGCGUGUCAAGGAGGGCAACAUGGCCGGUAUCCGGAACAUGGAUGACAUGAAGACCCUUUUGUAG